AUGCUUCGCUCCUCCUCUUCUCACCUGCUGAGAGCUGUCCGUUUGGCCCCUCCUGCGGGGCUCCCCAAGUUCCGCACAAUGGCUACUGCUCCUGAAGCUUCAUCUACUGACAUCCACACAAUUGAGCUUCCUGAAAAAACUUAUGCAACCUACAACUUAGAAGCUCCUGAACUUAAUGUUAAGCUAACUACUGAGGAGCUCCUCAAGAUGUACAAAGAUAUGGUCACUGUUAGACGUUUGGAAAUGGCCUCUGAUGCCCUCUACAAAGCCAAGAAGAUCCGUGGUUUCCAUCUUUCAAUUGGUCAGGAAGCCGUUGCUGUUGGCAUUGAACAUGCUAUCACCAAGAAGGACUCCGUAAUCACCUCCUACCGCUGCCACGGUUUCACAUACCUCCGUGGUGCCACCGUCAAGGCUGUUUUGGCCGAACUGCUUGGUCGCCGUGAAGGUGUUUCCUUCGGUAAAGGUGGCUCCAUGCACAUGUAUGCUCACCACUUUUAUGGUGGUAACGGUAUUGUCGGUGCUCAAGUCCCCCUGGGCACUGGUCUUGCCUUUGCUCACAAGUACCUUGGUCAGGAUGCUGCUACCGUGACUCUUUACGGUGAUGGUGCUUCCAACCAAGGUCAGAUCUUUGAAUCUUUCAACAUGGCCAAGCUUUGGAACAUUCCUUGCAUUUACGCUUGCGAAAACAACAAGUAUGGUAUGGGUACGGCUGCCUCGCGUGCCUCUGCCCUCACCAAGUUUUACGAGCGUGGUCAAUACAUCCCCGGUCUAAAGGUCAACGGUAUGGAUGUCAUCGCCGUCUACCAGGCCACCAAGUACGCCAAGGCCUGGACUAGUGCUGGCAAGGGUCCCAUCGUUCUUGAGUUUGAGACUUAUAGAUAUGGUGGUCACUCUAUGUCUGAUCCCGGUACCACUUACCGUACCCGUGAGGAGAUCCAGCACAUGCGUUCCGAAAGCGAUCCCAUUGCGGGUCUCAAGCACCGCCUUAUCAACGAGGGUAUCAUCACUGAGGAAGAACUCAAGAAGAUUGACAAGGAAACCCGUGCUUUUGUUGAGAAGGAAGCUGCUGCCGCUGAGGCAUCUCCUCCACCUGCUGCUGAGCCUAAGAUUCUCUUUGAGGAUGUUUAUGUACCGGGCACCGAAGUCCCCGUUCUCCGUGGUCGUAUUCCGGAGGAGAACUGGUCUUUUCAGAAAUAA